CUUUUUCAUAUCUUGUGAAAAAGAAACUUUAAUCGGGGGCCGUUCAAACUAACUUUGCUUGUUCCAUUUUUCAGACGUUUCUUAAUUAUUAAUUAUUGUUCAUUAUUAUCAGUAAUUAAUUAUAUUGUUAAUAAUUAAUUAUAUUGUUAAUUAUUAAUCGCUGUUAUUAGUGAUCGUUUGUGAUAACCAAUUGCCUAAAUAGCCACAUGUGCAAACAGAAUUUCGAGCAGAACCCGCUACAAAUUUUUGGUGGCAAAAAGACAGAAAGGCAACAAAUCUAACACAGAUGUCUCAUUACGGAGAUAAAGGGGAUUAUGAUCCGUCUAAACCAUCAACUAGUGGAUAUCAUAGGAGAGGGCCACGUGGCUCAACUUCUAGAACACCUUAUUCAAGGCCUCAAGAAUCAAGAGAAUAUCCAUCAGGAAAAGUAAAGAAAGUCACACAAGACCCUGAGUAUGCUACUGAGUAUGCUACUGAUCCAAGUUCAUCAUCUAGACAUUCAGAACAACAUGGUGCUGAACAGAUGGCGGUGGUUCCUGCUGGUGGAAGUGGAGGUAAUAGAUCAAGACAACAUGGUGGACGUCUGCCUUUAGAACAUAUUUUUGUCACCAAACCAAGUAAUUUAGUAUCUAAAAAAGGAACGUCGGGACAACAAAUAAUGCUGCAAACAAAUUACUUCACUUUGGAAAGCUUACCUAAUCGUCAUCUUUACAAGUAUCACGUAGAUUUUGAACCGGCAGAAGAACGCACUGCAGUUCGUAAAGCUAUGUUGAGAGCUUACGAAGGAAGAAUCGGGAAACAUCUCUACGAUGGAACUGUUUUGUACACGGCCGCUUACGAACCAGAUGGAUUGGAACUGAUAGCAGUUAGACGAGAUGAUGAUAUACAGAUCAAAAUAAGCGUACGUUUAGUAGGAGAAGUGUUGCGAGACGAUCCGACUUAUAUUCAAAUUUUUAAUAUAAUAAUGAGAAAAUGCUUUGAACAUUUGGACUUGAAACUCAUAGGACGCAACUAUUACGAUGGAGGUAAUAAAAUUAGAAUACACGAACACAAAUUGGACUUAUGGCCUGGUUAUAUUACAUCUAUCCGACAACACGAAUACAAUAUUCUAAUGUGUUGCCAAGUGUCACAUAAAAUAAUGCGGCAGCAAUCAUUGUUAGAUAUACUAAUGGAUUGUUACAGUCGCAACAGGCAAGAUUUUAAGAACGAGUUCUCUAAAGAUGUUAUUGGGAUAAUCGCACUUACGGCCUAUAAUAAUAACACAUACCGCAUUGACGAUAUCGAUUGGGAAAUAAAUCCUUUAUCGAAGUUCACUUCCCAAAAAACGGGGGAAUCGAUAUCUUAUCAAGAAUAUUACUGGCAGAGAUAUCGGAUCAAGUUAAACGAUAUGACUCAACCAAUGUUGGUAACGAAAAGUAAACCAAAGGAUCGAAGGGCGGACAAAGGGGAAAACAUUUAUCUAGUCCCUGAAUUGUGUCAUGCUACAGGAUUUACCGAUAGUAUGAAGGAAAAUUUCCGUCUCACGAAAGCAGUGUCUGUGUAUACUCGUAUCAAUCCUGAAACCCGGAUUUCAAAAUUAUUAACUUUCAGUAAAAGACUUCGGAAAGAACCGAAAGCCGUGGAAGAAUUUAACAAGUGGAAUAUGAAAUUAGGGGCAAAUUUAGUCGAAGCCCCUGGUCGUGUAUUACCUGCAGAGCAACUUCUAUUUGAUAAGAAUGUAGUUAUUAGUAGCGGGCAAGGAGAUUGGUCGAGAAACAUGCAAAAGGCGCCAUUAUUAAUCAACAAGGAAUUGAAAAACUGGAUAUUGAUUGGCUGCGAACGAGAAAGACAAAAUAUAGAGCAUUUUCUAAGUAUGUUACUUAAAGUAUCCCGAGAAGUAUCAUUUCGUAUUUAUCAGCCACGGAUACAUUGGAUACGUGAUGAUAAACCGAGCACAUAUACUGAGAAUCUUGAAUACAUUCUCAGCAAAUUUGUUCCUGAUUUAGUUUUUUGUAUAGUGAGUAAUGCCCGUGCAGAUCGGUACGGAGCUAUUAAGAAUAAAUGUUGCAUAGACAGACCUGUACCAUCGCAGGUCUUAUUGCAAAAGAACUUAGUUUCAAGAACUCUCGCGAGUAUUGCUACAAAAGUGGCAAUACAGAUGAACUGCAAAUUGGGCGGAGCCCCUUGGAAUAUAAAAUUUCCAUUGAGUGGGUUAAUGAGUAUCGGUUUUGAUAUAUGUCACGAUAAAGCCAUCAAAGGCAGAAACUUUCUGGCUAUGGUGGCAACUGUUGAUAAAACUAUGACGAAAUUCUACAGCUCUGUCACUCUUUAUCACAAUGAGGAGGAGCUGGCGGAACAAGUCUAUACAGGAGUGUAUAAGGCUGUGCAGUUUUAUCGCAGGAAUAAUAAAGCUCUUCCAAUGUAUCUUAUGAUUUAUCGCGACGGUGUCAGUGAAGGAGAAAUAUCGCAAGUUUACAAGAAUGAAGUUGGAAAUCUAAAGAAGAGGCUGGAAGAGCUGUACUAUGGCCCUAAUUUCAAGAUGAUAUUUAUUAUUGUAUCGAAAAGAAGUAACACGACGUUAUUCUACAAUAGGGGCAAUCCACCAACAGGAACAGUCGUCGACGAUGUGGUGACUAGUCCGUUCAAGUACGACUUUUUUCUCGUAUCGCAAAGGGUUAGAGAUGGUACAGUUUCGCCAACCUCGUAUAAUAUAUUAUCGGAUAACACCGGUCUAAAUCCAGAAAUGAUACAAACAAUUACUUUUAAAUUAACUCAUCUUUAUUACAAUUGUUCAAGUACUGUACGGGUACCGGCGACUUGCCAUUAUGCACAGAAGUUAUCGUUCUUGGUAGGGCGCUUUCUUCAUCGUCCUCCGGACUCACAGUUGCAAAAUCAGCUGUAUUUUUUGUAAAUCUUCAUUUAUGGGCAAUUUUUGGCGAUCGCUCGGUACGUGUAUCAAGGUUGAUAUUGGUAGAAGUGGAACUUAUUCUGGUGCUACCACUGACGCUAAAAUAGAAUAGUUCAUUUCUGUUUACGCGCGAUUACAGUCCAAUAUUUCACUUAUUACUGAUCAGUAUUUAAACUCGAAGUGCAGAAGCAAUUGACUUAAAGCACGUUGCUUACGAUUAUGUUUCAUUUUGACGCGUAUUGUGGCUAAUACCAGAGAUUUGGAAAAAAAUUACUUUGCUUUUUAGUAAGGUAUAGCGUAGUAUUAACCGAAGAUACCAAAACGACUCUAUCCAUCUAAUCUGAAGCCAUCCAAUCUUUAGCAGAUGUUUAGUGAUCAUGAUGUCGUCUCCAUUUCUUCAUUCAUGCUGUUGUUCAAGAUUUAGUGUAGCUUACUAC